AUGGUACACAAACACAGGUCCCAGAUAUCCCUGGAGUGGUGGAUCGAGUCGCUAUUUCUACUGCAAUUCACUGGUCACACGUCACUGUACGAACAGCUGCGUGACGUUAAACAAUGUCUCUACCCAGACAAUGGUGUAGCGUUUACACCGACUACCGCUCGAAAGUGGUACACGAACUCCGAUAUGCUUGCAAAUCCAAAAAUAGGCGGGUUCCGUCUCGGGGGUGGUUCAGCACCGGCAUCCGUACGACGCGGAAUUCUGCAGUCCCGAUUUUUGAAGAAACCCGUCGUACUCGGCACAAUGGUUGGUCGCCACACCCUUUACCAAAGGCUGAAACCGACAAGUGUGUCCGGUCUAGCCCCCACUUGUACCGUUACCAGUAGAAGGGUCUACCCGUUACCGGAGUCUCUGUGUGCUCGGAAAGAGAUCCAAGAGGCUAAACGAUGUGACGACCGAGCACGCCAGAUGCUACAGUUUUCGAAAUCAAUUACAGUGAUCGAUGUGACCUCUGACAAUUGA